UCACUUGUCAGUUGACCACACAAGACCGGGGGGGGGAGGAAGCGUGUUUCUUUCCCUGAAUUGGAAGGAGAAGGAUGCACUGGGCUCGUCAGUUCCGAAUAUUUAUUAUUUCCUUGCAUCUCUAUCUCUUUUCCCCCCGACUUCCUAUAUCUCGCUCGUAUAUAUAACCGUCCCCUCUUGCACCAAUUAGCCUUCCCGAGAUUUCUAGGGUUUCUUCAAAUCUUUAGAGAGACGAGAGGGUUUCUUCGUCUAAAUCUCUAGUUUUAGGGCUGGGUAGGAAUGGAAGGCCCGAGCAAUGGCGGACUGCUGUACCAUGAGGUCCAGGAGUCGAAGCUCUGUGCCGUCCACUGCGUCAAUACCGUCUUGCAGGGGCCCUUCUUCUCCGAACUCGAUCUCGCUGCGCUCGCCUCCGAUCUCGAUCAGCGUGAGCGCCUGAUGAUGUUUGAAGGCAGCGGCGGCCGCGGCACCGGCGUUUUAGGGGACUUUUUGGCUGAGGACUCCCAUAAUGUCUCCAUGGAUGGAGAUUUCAGUAUCCAGGUUUUAGAGAAAGCUCUGGAGGUGUGGGACCUACAAGUUAUCCCCCUUGACUCCCCAAUUGCAGAACCAUCAAAGUAUGACCCUGAGCUGGAGAAUGCCUUUAUAUGUCACUUGCAUGACCAUUGGUUCUGCAUUCGGAAGGUUAAUGGAGAGUGGUACAAUUUCAAUAGUCUUUACCCAGCUCCCGAGCAUCUCUCAAAGUUCUACCUCUCAGCUUACCUGGAUUCUCUCAAGGGCAGUGGCUGGAGCAUUUUUCUAGUUAGGGGUAAUUUCCCUAAAGAAUGCCCAAUACCCUCAUCUGAGGCAUCUAAUUCAUAUGGGCAAUGGCUAGCUCCAGAAGAUGCUGAGAGGAUAACAAAAUCAUGCAAUCAAAUGCAGGUCCCUGCACAGGGAGCAGAUAAAUUGCAGCCUUCUUAUUCUACAGAGUUUGCUGAUGAAGCGGAUAUGAUUGCAAAGCAGGAGGAGGAAGAUCUGAAUGCUGCAAUCGCUGCUAGCUUAAUGGAAUCUUCUGCCUUUAGCACUGAAAAUGUUCAAAAUAAGGGCAACUCAAUCAACUCUGUAGUAGAGAGCUCCGAACAUGGUGUAACCAACAAUAACAAUGUGAUGGAUCCUGAUACUGGUGCAUGCGACAGUGAUUUGCCAGAGUCUACCUCAGUCCUUACAGAAACUCACAUUUCCAAGAAUGAGCGAGAUCAGUAGCCAAAAGAGGGUGUUCUCAAUGGAUCUUUACUUCUCUUACUAUGGCCAUUUUCCUGCUUGUAGAGUUUUAAAGUAUUCGAGUUACAUUCUGUCUCAUAGAAAAUCAUUACAUUUACAUGUUGCUGGAAUUUACAAAAGCUCAGCUUUGCUUUUGGCCAUCUCUAUUUCAUGAAAUGUUAGAAUACAAAUUUAAAAUCAUUGUGAUGCUGGAGUUUUACUUU